AAAAAAAGACACUCAACUCUGCUACAGCACCGUGAGUUGGAGAAACUACCCUGCGGGACUUGUACGGACGCCGCCAUAGAAAGAGUCGAUCGUCUUCAGACUUCAUCGUGACUGUGUUUGCCUUGACUGGUACCGUUCCCACGAGUACUAGUCCUCGUUCCGCUUAAUCCAUCACGCAAGCGACGUCGGACUUCGAAUCAACAUGAAAUUCUUCUACCUCGCACUGGCCCUGGUGGUUCUGCUGGCGGCGGCCCAGAGCGGUGUCAUGGCCCAGAACGAGCAGCUGCUUAUGCCCUGGAACCAGUACCGGGCAUCGCCACUGCUCGACGCCCUGCGCGGGUGGAUCAGACGGCCCAGCUUCACCUUCACCCGACCAAACUUCCUGCCGGCACUCAGCGCUAACGCCAUCAGGCUGCGACCGGGACUCCAGCAGGUGCUGCGCCCCAUGCUUCAGCGGCCGGCCAUUCAGAGCAUGAUCCGGCCAGCCCUCAACCUUCGACCCGUCAUCGCCACUGGAAUCGCCAACCUGGGAAGCCUCAUCCGGCGGCCCUUCCUAAACUUGGAGGAAUGACAUACGCGUAGCCCGGCCAUCCGCGUUUGAAAGCGUCGUGUAUUCUUCAGCAUUUCGUGAGGUUCCGCUGGUUUGGAGCCCCACUUCACGCCUCAUCAAGUUCGAAGCAACCUCGAGCGGUGCAACAAGUUGUAAAAGCACCUUUGCAUCGCCGCCUGUUGCCGUUUUUACCUUCGUCAUCGCAGCGCAUAUGUACAGUUCGGCGAUCAUUGGCAGUGCCACUGGACGGGCCUCGGUGGCUGCCUGUUUUUGUAGCACCUCUGUUUUUUUUUUUCGUUACACCGCGCCACUCACACUCAAGCGCAUAUUUACGUAUACGGCGGGACCACAGUUCACCGACCUUUUCUUCCAGAUAACAGUCACACCACUAAUU